UGACGGUUAGGUAACUUGCCGAGAGAAAGUAUUAAAACACAAGGGUUACGAAGCAGUUCGGCACUGUAGUUAUAAGAAGCACCAGCAUCGACAAUCUAUCUUAUACACCUCGCCUCGAUCCGAAUCAAGGACAAUGACUUCUUUUUCUGGCAAAUGGGCUUUGGUUAGCUCUGACGGCAUGUCCAAUCUUCUUGACGCUCUGAAGGUUCCAGCAGAAAAGCGGCCGCAAGACGAGAACGCCACAGUAGAGAUCGACCAGAGCGGCGACAGCUUCAAGGUAAAAACCACCACUUCAGCCGGUGCCAGAGAUGUCAGCUUCACCGUCGGAACUUCCUUUGUCGAUCCUGACAUCAAGGCUUUGCGAGGAAAGGAUAUCAGUGUGAUGCCUAGCUGGCAAGGAAGCAAAUUGGUGCUGACUGGAGAGCAGGGAAACACAUUUACCCGCGAGCUGGUUGGCGGACAGAUGGUUGUCACACUCAACUUUGGUGGAGUCGUAGCUAAACGAACCUUCAACAAGGUGUAAUUUAAUUAGUUAUAUUCCAACUGAAAAGUCUGGCGGCUUAUUGUGCACCUGUACUAGGCCUAUAUGAACAUUUUUUAUUUGUACGUUAGCCUAGAACACAUAAAUCUACAAUAAAGGAACACUGAAAAGGGCAAGAUGACAAUAGAAAAGUCGUCUAAUAAUUAUUAUAUUAAAGUAUGGCUGGAACAACGAGUAAUUAAAAAAAAUAAUAAUUAGGCCUAGACCAACGUCUGCUAAUUCAGAAACACUGCAGUCACUGAAUGGUUGUUUCCUGCAUAAAUGCUCAAAUGAAAUAUACAUAAUUAAUAUACCGUACCUUGGUAUAUGUAACUUUAUCAAGACAAUAAAGGUUUAUGAUAAAACAUGA